AUGGGUCUGUCAUAUGAUUCAGCUCUAAUUCAACAGAAGCAAUUUCUUGGGCUUCUUGCAAGAGCGGUGGAGAACUUCAAGAAAAUCGGCCCCAAAAAUAUCACUGUUGCCAUAGCACGCAGUCGACUCGUAAAUGUCGAAAAAUAUUGGGAACGCAUUUUGGAGCUCAACGCACAACUCGAAGAAUUAGCUACGGACGAAGAUCGUUCGGCAGAGCCAUAUUUCACCGACUGUCUUUUCUACGCCGCAGAGGAGACCUUCCUGGGAGCCUCGGACUACAUAACAGCCUGCGUAGAUAAGUUAACACCGUCUACUUCUAAUGCUACACCUCCGAUUCAUAAUUCGACCAUAAACGAAACUCAGUCGCAAAAUAAGUCUCCAUUUUUGCCGCGCAUAACUUUGCCAAAAUUUUCGGGAAAUUAUACCGAUUGGGUCAAUUUUCGAGAUAUUUUCGCUUCUCUCGUGCAUAGUAGUACAAGCCUAUCGAAUGUUGAACGCUUUCAUUAUUUAAAAUCGAGCCUAACCGGAGAUGCAGCAUUAGUACUUAAAAACAUUUCGAUUACGGACGCGAAUUAUGCUUCCGCGUGGAACACGCUCAAUUCGCGUUAUAAUAAUCCUCGUGCAAUUGUAAACGCGCAUUUGUCUGCAUUAUGCGAUCUCGCGCCAGUAAAGCACGAAAAUGCUACAGAAUUGCAAUUUUUACGCGAUCGAACAAAUGACGUCAUUGCGGCGCUCACUACGUUGGAACGACCUGUAUCCGAAUGGGACGAUUUGCUUGUAUUUUUAACAGUUAAAAAACUCGACAAACAUACGCGAAUGGAGUGGGAGUUCAAACUCGGCGAUUCUGAGGACUUCCCCUCCUAUGAUGAUUUAGAUUCGUUCUUGUCUGCGCGCAUCCGAGCGCUCGAAUCGGUGUCGUGCGUCGGUCCGUCUACUAACGCGUCGACGAAAACAAGCGGAUCGCCGCAUUCGAAAUCAACUCGCGUACUCACCGCAACCGAGAAGCAUGAACGGUGUACUCUUUGCGCAAAUGAACACCAACUGUACCAGUGUCAAAAUUUUAAAACCCUCGAGCUCGAAAGUCGAAUGAAAAUUAUCCGAGAUAACAAUCGAUGCAUAAACUGUUUGCGCGUUGGACACGCGGCCUCAAAGUGUCGAAGCAAAUUUAGAUGCGCUCGUUGCAAGGGAUUGCACCAUACGCUGCUGCAUCAGGAUCGGUCUGCUGCACCGGUGCAAUCGGUAAACCAUGCGGGAACGGCGUUAAGCCUAGACGCUAAGCCUUUUACUGAUAACACUGCAACUGGAUUUGCUGCUUCCGACAUUGAAACGUCGCUGUCUUGUCCGACUAAAAUUAAUAACGCACCAGACAAUCUUACUGCCUCUAACCCUCGGCCAUGCGGCUCAUGCAAUACGGCAGGUGGCAACGGAGUCGUAUUCCUCGCGACCGCAACUGUCGUUGUCAAGUCACCGGAAGGUCGGACCUUCCGAGCUCGCGCUUUACUCGACUCUGGAUCUGAGUCUACCUUUAUUUCAGAACACGCCGUACAAGCUUUGCGCGCGAAGCAACAUAAGACUCAUAUCGAAAUUACCGGUGUAGGUGCACAAGCACAAGGGCUUGUUCGCGCACUGACGAACAUUACUAUUGAACCGCGUGAUGGACAGGGCCCAACGAUUGCGGUUAGAGCACUAAUUCUGAAGAAAUUAUCUUCGUACAAGCCGACAGCGCAUAUUGCUCCCGGCAAAUGGCCGCAUAUAUCGGGAUUGCCGCUGGCGGAUAUUGAUCCGUCAGACCCUGUUCCCAUCGACCUCUUGAUCGGUGCGGACCUGUACGGGCAACUGCUCUUAGACGGGUUGCGCAAAGGACCGCUAGGUUCCCCUACCGCACAACGGUCCAUUUUCGGUUGGUUACUCAUCGGUCCCUCAUCCAACUACCACAGCAUCCGCACAUCCGCGACGACUUUACAUUGCUCGUCCGUAACAAACGUCGACUCGCUUCUCAAGGCAUUCUGGGAAGUCGAGGAAGUAAACACGCCAAACAUCCUUUCAGAAGAGGAUCUCCGAUGCGAGCAACAUUUCGCGUCAACGCACCAACGCUUACCAAAUGGACGGUACAUGGUGCGCCUCCCUCUGAAAGAUAUAUCAAUGCAAAUCGGCGCAACUCGCCAAGCGGCGAAACGCCUUCUUGAAAAAUCUGAAUGCCAGUUAAUUCGUCAAUUGGAAGUUUUGGGAAAAUACAAAGCGUUUAUGACCGAGUAUCGCGAUCUCGGCCAUAUGAUGCUCGCGCCACCCCACUCUUCUAAAAUCGGGACUACGGUGUAUUUGCCACACCACCCGGUCUUCAAACAACAUGACCCGUCGAGUAAAAUUAGGAUCGUCUUCAAUGCGUCACAUCGCUCAAGCGACGGAAGCACGCUUAACGAUCACUUACUUUGCGGUCCCAAGCUGCAGAGCGAUCUGCCAGCUAUAAUCCUUCGGUGGAGACAACACCGAUACAUCUACACGGCGGACAUCGAGAAGAUGUUCCGUCAAAUUCUCGUUCACCCUGACGAUCGAGACUAUCAGAGAAUCCUUUGGAGAGAUUCUCCCUCUGAACCCAUAGCGGAGUAUCAAUUAGCUACCGUUACUUACGGUACGGCCUGUGCUCCCUAUCUCGCACUACGCGUCUUGCGGCAGCUUGCUCACGAUGAGCGGGCGCAUUACCCACGUAUCGCCGGCAUCAUUGAGGAGGAUACCUACAUUGACGAUAUCUUCUUUGGUGCUGACGAUAUCCAGACCUUGCGCGAGAUGCGAACUGAACUCGUCACUCUAAUGAGCAAAGGCGGGUUCACUCUCAAGAAAUGGUACUCGAAUGAGCCAUUGCUCUUGGCGGAUAUCUCCGCUACCUCUUCCGACCCUUCCUUGCUGCUCCACUUGGAUCAGGAGGGGAGUACCAAGGUGCUCGGAAUACACUGGCAUCCAGCCACCGACUCAUUCCGGUUUUCCGUAACCGUGUCACCUACCGGAUUUCCGACAAAACGGCUCGUACUAUCGGAAAUCGCCAAGCUCUUUGACCCCUUAGGAUGGGUCUCCCCCGUCACUAUACGGGCUAAGAUCCUAUUGCAGGAGUUAUGGCUCCGAAAGGGCGAUUGGGACGAUCCACUACCCGAGGACUUAGCCAGACAGUGGCAAGAGUAUUGUCGCGAUUUGCCGGCCCUUUCUCGCAUUUCCAUCCCUAGGUGGACAGGUCAACGAAUCGAACAUGCUACCCGGGAUUUACACGGUUUCGCCGAUGCCUCAAAUCGCGCAUACGCGGCUGUAGUAUAUCAGCGCGUGCUUCACCCAACUGAUCCACCGGAAGUCACCCUGCUGGUCAGUAAGACCAAGGUGGCCCCUAUCAAGACUCUGAGCAUACCCAGAUUGGAACUCUGUGCAGCGUCACUACUCGCGAAGUUAAUGUCCAACGUUGUCUCGACUGGUCGCGCUUCGAACGCAUCCCUACAUUGCUGGACCGACUCCACCGUGGUAUUAAGUUGGCUUAACGAGCAUGCCUCGCGGUGGAAGACGUUCGUCGCCAAUCGAGUGUCUGACAUACAAACCAGGCUACCCACGGCUACUUGGCGCCACGUGCCAAGCAAGCAUAACCCUGCGGAUAUUGCUUCACGGGGUAUUUCACCCUCAGAGUUGGUCAACCACGAUCUUUGGUGGAACGGACCACAGUGGCUCAAAGUUGAACCUUCCGAGUGGCCACACAACCCACUCAUCACCAUACCGGACGACGAGCUCGCCCGUAAAACCCCAACGACACACACUGCUCACGUCAGCACGGAGGAGUGGGACCUACCUACGAAAAUCUCCACAUGGCCUCGAUUAGUGCGUGUCACCGCGUACGUACUACGCUUUUUGCGACAUUGUCGGUCCCGCUCAACCGAUAAACUCACAUUCACCACCGAAAUUCAGAAUGCCCGACAAUAUUGGAUUCAAGCGGCUCAGCAAUCAGGAUUUCACGAAGAGAUUCGGGAACUGAACCAUUCCCGCUCAGUUCCGCCACGUAGCCGACUUUCAAAGCUAACACCCUUCCUUGAUAGUUCAGGUACCCUGCGAGUAGGGGGACGACUAUGCAACUCUGCAUUAUCGUACGAUGAACGUCAUCCGAUCAUUCUGCCCCCGCAUCGCAUUAGCGACCUGAUUGUUCGCCACACCCAUUUGCGAUGUCUUCAUGGAGGGUUGCAAAUGACGCUACGUGUUCUCCGCCAACAAUUCUGGCUGCUAGGAGCCCGGAACAUCGUGAGGGCACAUAUAAAUCGGUGUAUUCAGUGCGUGCGUGCACGAGCAACCUCUGUCACACAAAUCAUGGGUAACCUUCCAGAACAACGAGUUACCCCGGCUAGGGCAUUCGCCCAUUGCGGCAUCGACUAUGCAGGCCCCAUUUCUGUCCUCGCAGUUAGCGGACGAGGCCAAAAGGCUCAUAAAGCGUACAUUGCCGUCUUCGUAUGCCUAUGCACGCGAGCAAUUCAUCUGGAAUUAGUCUCAGACUAUUCUACAAAGAAGUUUCUAGCCGCUUUUACCCGGUUCGUCUCAAGAAGAGGCACACCAACCACUGUUAUGAGCGACAACGGCACCACAUUUCAAGGUGCUGAUCGCGAACUACGCGGCGCGUUCCGCAAAUUAAAACAAGACCCAGAGCUCCAGGCCCACAUGGAAAACUUUGAGAUUUCGUGGAAGUUCAUCCCCCCUUCCGCUCCUCACCACGGAGGUAUUUGGGAGGCUGGGGUGAAGAGCACGAAACACCAUCUGCGUAGGGUGAUCGGUGAUAAAACGCUGUCGAUAGAAGAAAUGUUUACCUUCCUUACGGAAGUGGAAGCAUGCCUAAACUCCAGGCCCAUAUGGCCCCUGACGGAUGAUCCAAGUGAUAACUUGGCAUUGACCCCUGGGCACUUUUUGAUUGGUGCUCCAAUCGUGGGAAUCCCUGAGCCAUCCGUGAUCGAUAAAUCGGAGCAGUAUUUAUGUCGCUGGCAACGCGUUCGCCGCAUGACUGAGGUUUUUUGGCGGUCCUGGUCGACUGAAUAUCUGCAUACGUUGCAGCAGCGCCAUAAAUGGCGCACUCCGCAGAACGACCUUAAGGUCAACGAUAUCGUAGUCUUAAGAAAUCCGCUUCUUCCGCCUACAAAAUGGGCACUAGCGCGCGUAACUCAGGUACAUCCUGGUCGAGACGGUCGGGUAAGAGUAGUCACCGUUAAAACCUCGCGAUCGACUUACCAGAGACCGGUUACCCAGUUAUGUAAAUUGCCUGUAGAACCUAUACCCUCUUAA